AUGACCCCCCCACCCCCACAAACCCACAUCAUCGACACAUUGGCCGCCUCGAGGCCAUCGUCUACGCCGCACGCGGCAUCCACGUCCAAAAACACGAUCACAUCUUCUUGUACUGUCGGUCUGGGCGUCGUAGUGCGCUUGCGCUGCGGACGCUGGUGGAGGCGGGGUUUGGGGGGGUGA